UUCAUCAAGAAACAAUUCUCAACACAGAGCUCGUAAAAGAAACUCACACAUACAAUGGUGUUCUCCUCUACUGUAGUUAAUUUGUUUAUACUUGUCAGCGUAGUGGUCUUGUCGAAGGGAGAAGAUGUGCUGGUGACUGUGGAUCAGGGAACGUUGCGUGGGAUCACAGCAACGAGCGUCUACAACUCAUCCUACACUGCCUUCCUCGGAAUUCCAUAUGCUCAGCCGCCACUUGGAGUGUUGCGGUUCCAGGCACCACAGUCAGCUGAAGGCUGGGAGGGUGUCCGCGACGCCACCCAGUACGGCAGCGACUGCGUGCAGGACGACGGCAGCGGCUCCGAGGACUGCCUCUACCUCAACGUGUACGUGCCGGGAGUUCCAGAAGAGGGCGCCGACCUGCCUGUGAUGCUGUGGGUGUACGGCGGUGGCUUCACCGUCGGCAGCGGCUCCAAUGAGGAGUAUGGACCAGACUUCCUCGUCUCAUACGACGUCAUAUUAGUCACCAUUAAUUACCGACUGGGAGCCCUAGGAUUCCUGAGCACUGGUGAUGAAGUUGUGCCUGGCAACGCAGGCGUGAAAGACCAGCAGCUGGCCAUGUCCUGGGUGCAAAGGAACAUCGCCAGGUUCGGCGGUGACCCUGAGCAGGUUACUGUUUUCGGUCAGAGCGCAGGCGGCAUCUCCGUAUCGUUCCACCUGGUGUCACCAACCUCUGCAGGUCUGUUCUCACGGCUAAUCAUCCAGAGCGGCGUCUUCAUCAGACGCCUCGUCCCCUUGGCCGCAGCUCGUAACCACGCCUUCAGGCUUGGAGCUGCCCUCGGUUUCGAGACAGAGGACUCGCAACAGCUGAUAGAAUUUCUUCGGUCUGUAAACGCCACCGAUCUGCUGGUGGACUGGACCGUGAUCCUCACCGACGAGGAGAAAAAACUUGUCGUAACAGGUCUGUGGGAACCUCACGUAGAGCCAAACCUAGAAGGUGCAUUCAUAACAGAGUCGCCAAUCAGAAUAUUAAAUGAGGGUCGUUUUAGCCGAGUUCCCAUCAUAAUUGGCACCACGUCGGCGGAAUUCGCUCCAUAUAUGGUUAGCCAGCAAGAAUUAAUCACGAACCUGAACGAAGCGUUUGACGUCGCUGUUGGGCCGUGCCUUCACCUGCCGACAGUAGAAGAGCAGACAGAGGCGGCAUGGAAGCUCAGGGGAUUCUACUUUGGUAACGACACCAUCUCCAGCAAUGACCCAGACCCCAUCGCCAACUUCAUGAAUGACAUCAACAUUUUCGCGACGACAGACGACUUAGUGAGGAAAGUUACAGAGCUCUCCAACUUACCAGCAUACUACUACGUGUUUGACUAUGGACAGCCCACAUCCCAAUCAGAGUGGGGUGUUCUUCAUUCUGGGGAAAUGCCCUUCCUCUUCCUAAGGAAAGAUACAGAAUACAACCUAGACCCGGAGUCGGAGGAGGAGCGCGUCCGCAGGAACAUGCUGUUACUUUGGACAAACUUCGCUAAAUAUGGAAAUCCAACGCCGGAAGCAGACCCUGUAGUAUGGGAGCCGUACGACCUGACAAAUCGGUCUUAUCUGCUGAUGCAGGCCAACUUCUCGCUAUCUCAAGACAAGCUCGGCGAACGCAUGGACUUUUGGCAUGAGAAUGUUCCUCUUCUUCCUUUUCCCGACACCUUCUAGAAAUACAAUAUUCCUAAAAACAGAAAAGCUACGCUAAGCCUUCAUAAAUACUUGUAAUAAAGUUUACGACAGAAUUUCA